AUGUUUAUUUUUACUUUGUACUUCCCCCAAAAUGUGAAAUAUUUAAAUAAUUGCAACGCAAACAUCGAUAACAAAUUGUAUAUAAACAUAUUUAACUACGUUAACAUUAUUCAAAGUAAUACGUGUAACUACAAAAUGAAGAACGUCUUAAUUGCGUUAUUAAUUGCGGUUUUAAUAUGUUUUGUAAUUUGCGAUGAACAUCAACAUUUAAAGCAUAAGAAGAAACAUGAAUAUAAUCAUAAAGAAAAACAUUCUAAUAAGAAUCAUAAAAAACAUCAUCAAGCAAUACUUGGGAGUCAUUUUAAUAAAAGAGUGAAAAGUAAACGAGUUCAAGGGACCAUUUCAGUUAACUUGGGGGGUAAUCGACAAAUUGAAGGGGUUAUUAAUAAGACUAAUACUGGAAAAGAUACUCGUUAUUUCGGGUUUCAAGGAAUUCCUUAUGCUAAACCACCUGUUGGAGAUUUAAGAUUUGAGCCACCUCAAAAAUAUGUAUUAAAAGGCAACUACUCAGCAACUUAUCAAAGAAACAUUUGCAUCCAAAGCUCGACAGCACCGAUUGAAUCUUCAACAAAGGGCAACGAAGAUUGUCUCUAUUUAAACGUUUAUAGUCCCAACUUAACAUCAAAGCUUGCAGUUUUAGUUUGGAUUCAUGGUGGUGGAUUUUAUUACGGCGAUGGAAACUAUGAAUCUCGCGCUCCCGACAACUUCAUCGAUCAAAACCUGGUUGUGGUCACCUUAAAUUAUCGUUUAGGCGUUUUUGGAUUUUUAUCAUCUGGUGAUGAUGUGGUUCCAGGUAAUAUGGGAUUAAAAGAUCAAGCGAUGGCUUUGGAAUGGGUUCAAGAAAACAUUGGUUAUUUUGGGGGAAAUCCAAAAAAUGUUACAAUUAUGGGUGAAAGUACCGGAGGUGCUUCUGUAGCUUAUUUAGUACAAUCGCCAGUUACUAAGGGAUUGUUUCAUCAAGCUAUUAUGCAUAGUGGAAAUAGUUUGUGUCCUUGGGCUUUAUCAAGAACUGCCGAACGAAAUUUUUGGUUAUUAGCAUCUGAAAUAUUAUAUUUUGGAACUAAUAAAACUGAAGCUAUGAUAAGGAUGAAACAAGUUGCUCCUACUCUUCUGUAUUCAUUCGCUUCGCUUUCUAAGAAUUCUAUUUUACUUAAUGAUCCUUUAAAUGGAUUAGUUUACGCUCCGGUUAUUGAAACAUCCAAUCCAACAGAACUUUUCUCUUAUAAAAGUUACGAGCAACUAAACAGUGGUAAUUUCACAAAAGUUCCGAUUAUUAUUGGAUAUAACUCUGAGGAAGGAGAAGGAUUUAACGAUGUUGUUGGAUUACCUCCAUUCAUCCUAUUAACAUAUGAUUUCAAUCCCGGUAGACUAGUUCCGUUGGAUAUGAACGUAAACGAUACCCAGAAGAAUAAAGUUGACAAUGAAAUACAACAAACUUAUGUAGAAAAUGGAAUAAUAACAGUUACAUAUAUUAGCCACGAUGAAUUUGUUCGACCCAUACUGAAAUACGUUGAGCUUUACUCGAAAUGGACACCACAAGUUUAUUUAUACAGAUUUUCUUAUAAUGGAAAUUCCACUCAAGGUGUUGCUCACACCGGAGAAUUACCAUAUUUCUUUUACGACAGUAAAUUAACUGCGGCUCAAAAAGCAGUUUCAAAUAAAGUCGUUAAUUUAUGGUCUCAAUUUAUUAAAUACGGAAAUCCAACUCCUAAUGAAUUUAACAUUACUUGGACUCCAAGUUUUCAAGCAAACGAUUAUUCAUACCUUGAUAUAGGUGAAGAAUUUGUUGUUUACAAUCAAAGUGUGAACCCCGAAAAGAUGUAUUUGGAUAAAUGGACAUAUUGGUACAAUACUUAUGGAAACAGACCUUAUGAUACUUAUUAACAGGUUUUAAAUGUAUCCUUUAAUAUAUUAAGCUUGGUUAAUUUUAUUAAUCUUUUUGAUUAUUCUACGUUAAUUUUUAACAUCACCAAAUAAUCAGUGAGGUUAUGUACACCCUAUUUGAACUGUCAAUCUAAAAAUUAUCUGUAACCUCUACCGAG